AUGCAUCUCAAGUUCGUGAGACGAAUGAAAAACUCAGGUCGAUUUACUGCACUUGAGCGGUCCCUCACUGAAUAUGGGGUCGAUGUAAUAGUGUCCGAUGCUACAAACCUUGGCUCGAAAAAGAAACAUCACAAAAAACGCUCCCAAAAGUCGAAAGCUGCCGACAUGCCCGCUUCUGAAAAUAGUGAACCCAUUGGGCUUACAGAAGCAGUUGAGGAGGGAUGGAUAUCAGUGGCAUCUAAAAAAAAUAAGGCCAUCUCCUCUCAGAGAGAUAUCGGGGAUGGUGUCUCCGCUGCCGUUCCCGUAACACCCAUUAGUACGAUCCCUCCCACUUGUCAACCUGAUCAACCGCCGGAGGCUGGAGGUUCCGUGCUAUUUGAAACCUCCAUAGACAAGAGUAAAGCCCCUGAAACUGCUGCGAAGACUCCCGAAGAAUGUGUGGUUGCAUCAUCCACCCAGUCGCCAUCAGCAGAGAAUGAUCUCCCGCUGGAGACCCCACAGCUAUCUGAAACAGGAUUGCCUCAGUGCUCCUCUCCCGCAAAUCAGAAGGGUAAUGAGAAGGUUGAUUCUUUCCCACACGCAUACAGAUCGGAGUCCCUUGUCUCCGAGGCGCUCGGUCAGGGGGCUGUCAUCAAGGCUCGUUCCACCUUUCCAGAACUUGUCUUCUCAGAAGCACCUCCCACUAUCACUGAGUCCAGCAAUCCCGAAAGGGAUUUCCGUUGGUCUGAUUUCAUUCAGAUGAAAGCUACUCUUCGCGCAAGAGAAGCGGAAUGCGAAGUUUUGCGUGAGGAAGUAACAAGAUUGUACAUGUUGAGUGAUGGGAAAUUCAAAGGCACGCCCCCCACUACCAACGGAUCGUCCCAAAAGCCAUCCCCAGAAAGAUCCAAACAGCAGCAAAAGAAACAGUCCGUACUCAUGGCUUCGAAGGAGGUGCAGUGUAUGAUUGAAGCUCCGGCUCCGCCGGAGUUGGAACCCGUGUCAUCACCCAGUUCUACAGAGGCCAAGGUGAUAUUGUCCCUCCAGGGUGAAAUUGCUCGCCUUGCUCAAGAGAACACUGUCCUCACUCAACGUCAAACCAAUCUGGAGGGCCGACUUGAGAAUGCAAAGCACCAAACGUCAAAAUUGCAGUCUGAAAUGCGUAAAGCCACCUCCGCUGCAUCCAAGGAGGCGGAAGCCGUAGUCCGCCAGCAAAUGGAUGAGGUAGUCAAAAAAUUGCAACUGGUGAUAAAAGACAAGGAAGAACUUCUAGUCACCAAAACUGCUCAACUUGGGGCAAGUCGAUUAGCAGAGCAGACAAGAGAUAAAGCUCUUAAUAAUUUACAAAACCUUCAAGCGGAACACACCAAGCUUAUGGAAGCCAAACGCGCUGAGGAGCUUCACCUUGCAGAUACUAUGAAGGUGUUAGAAGAUAUCCGACAAGAGAGAGAUGAGGCGAAGAAGGAACAAACUCUUAUGAAUCAAAACCUCAAUCUAGUUAGGUCAUCCAUGGAAGCGGAGGCGAACAACCUUCGUCAACGUUUGGCACACUUGAAAGCUUCGUUGGACCAAUCCGUCCACCUCAAAGAAGAACUUGAUUCCGCAAAAUCUGAGCUGGCCACCACGAAGACGGCGAUGGCUGAAGUAACAGCUAAGCAUGAACAUGAUGUAUCUGAAAAUAUGGAGGCCCAGUUGAAAGCUGCAUUAGAUCAGUGUACACAUCUCAAGGAAAUGUUGGCUUCUAAUCAGAAUGAGCUGGUUACGGCUAAGAUGGCUGUAACUGAGCUGACGGAAGAGGUAUAUGCUUUGAAGGCGCACGCGGGUAAUCUCGUUGGGAAGAAUGAGGAAUCCUUAAAGUCGGAAAAUAUUGUUGAACCUAAGUCUUCAAUGUUGGAGGAGGGCUGCGAUGAAUGUGCGCAUCUUUCGGCAGAGGUGGGGCGCUUUCAGGAGGUCAUGGCUUCGACUGAUUGUGCGUUGUCUAACCUCCAGCACUCCGUUGGAGAGGAAGAAGAGCGCUGGCGACUCGCCCUUCAGAAGUGUUGUGCUGAGAAUAUACAGCUUAAAGCCAAGCUGGAUCAACUGACCUCGCGGUCGGAGAAUGAUAAGGACGUGCUGGAUUCGGAGAUCGAAUGCGAGUUGGAGCAGUGA